UCAAAAUACACGUGUGGAAUAAAGUUUCAAUCGAUGUGACUUCUGUAUUUUUGGAAGUGGAAGAGCCUUAUAUAUAAUGACAUCAACAUGUUCUAUUAAAAGGGUUGAGGGCCGAAAAGCUGUCAUUGCUAAAUUUACCAAUGGCCGACUUAAAGAGGGGAAAAGCCAAGUUCUAAAGUUUAAACAUUUAACCAAUGGCGAUGUAUUGGAAGAUAAUAGUAAAGAUGAUAAUAUCAUAUCAAGAAGUGUAUUAAUAGCAAAAAGAGAAACAGAUACCUGUCAGACAUAUAUUGGUGAUACACAGAACAAUAGUCUUUCAUCACAAUUUUAUAAUUAUUAUGUUGGUGUAAGAAAUAAAAGAACUGGUAAAAUGAAAGUAUUUGAUGCUGAACUCUUUAAUAUGAUUCCUGAUGUAAAAGUUGACAGUAUGAAAGAAGAUAAGCUAGAUAAAUUAUUACCAAUGACAUAUACCGACCAGAUGAAAGAAUUAACCAAAGCAUUUGGUAGCACCAAACGCCAGCGCCUGGUAACUCAGGCCCAAAAGAAUGAAUUAAAAGAAGAUGUGUUGGAAUCAGCUAUUGGGAAUGCUGUAGAUCACGCUGUUUCUCAGGAGAAUUACACAGAAAUCAUGGCUAAAAAACCUACAGAUGAUUCGAAUAAUUGUAUACCUACUCAUCAUUUAGAUACUGAUAAACCUGAAGAUAUUUAUAAAGCUGAAGAAAUAAUUGGAGGUAAAGAAAUGGCAGCUAUAACUAAUUUAACACAGAAAUUGUUUGAUUUUACGUCAGAAGAUUUUCAGAAUGAAGAGGGAUUUGGACACUAUAUUAUGAAUCGAUUGCCAAUUUUACCGCUAGAUGAAACAAGACGCUGGGAGAAAUGUAAAUGUUUGUUGUACAUACAUUGUUUGAUUGUAUUAUAUAGAAAAAAGGCCAAUGAAUUGAGAGCUAAAGACAUUUUACCUAAAGCCUGGCCAGAUAUAUUAAAACAGUCCUUGUUAAAUAAUUUCACAUUAAAAAUUGAAGGAGAUGGCAAGAAAAGGGCUUCCAGGUGUAUGUCAGUACGAAUGAAAGACAAAAUUAUUCUCCAUAUUCUGGUCUUAUGUCUUAUAGUUGAUAAUUUUACUUUGGAAUAUUCUGAUAUUCUGAAAGAUUUAAAAAUUGGUGAAAAAAGGAUGCCUUUAUUACUAAGAAGUGUUGGUUGUCAGAUCAAGUCUAGAGUUGUCAAUAAAGUCAAUGUUAGAACAGCACAUCUUACAGCUCCCUUACUGUUACCAUCACAAAAUUUAUUGUCUUCAAAACGCAAAUAAAAAAGUUGAUUGUU